AUGUUGUUCCAAACUAUUUCAUCACUCGCCCUUGCAGGCACAGCUCUUGGUGGUCUGAAACCAAGUGGGAGCCAGACGGGCGGCUGCGAGGAUACCACUAAAGGCCAAACCUACGCAAGGGCAACAACAACCAAUACCGGCGUGGCCAUCAUGUACUCGUGCAUGCCCAAGGAUCAGACAAUCGACGACAUUUCACCUGGAUCGCACAGGCACGACUUCGAGAACAUAGUCAUAUGGCUGAGUAACGACACCACGACGGUGCUCGGCGGUGCGGCGUCCGGCCAUGGCGAUUACAAGAUAACCCAAGGGGCUGUUCCUGGCGGCGACAGCCCGACCGUGGAAUACUUUGCGACGUUCCCGACGAACCACGAGCUACAGUUCACCGAGACGGUGGGCAACACAUAUCCCGUCUCGGACUGGGAUGCAAUGCCAGAGGCUGCAAAGAAGGCUCUGCAAGACACCGACUUCGGCAAAGCCACCCCACCAUUCAGGGACGGGAGCUUCGAGGACAACCUGUCAAAGGCAGCUUUAGAUGACUAA